CAAAUUAAUCUAUGAUCGUAUGCUAUCCAUUUGUUUGUAUGCUGUUCUUUGUAUGACAUUUUAAUAUUUGAUUAUUAACCAAUGAUAUUAGGCCACUCCUGGUCAUGAUUACAGACACCUGUGUCAUUUGACACUAUAUAAACGAGUCAUCCCGCAGUGUUUGUGAUUAUACCCUGAUGAAGACAGCUUGGCUGUCGAAACGUUGGUAUUACAUUUUUGCAUCUGAGCUCCAAUAGUGUGCGGCUCUCUUUUAUUUUCAGGUUUCUACUCCGCUAGCCAGCACCUCGUCUUAAUAGGUGUGCGUUUCUUUUUCUUCGGGAUAAGCUUGUCUGGCAAUACAGGGGUCAGUAUAUCCCUUAAGUGAAAUAACUAAAUUAAUAAUUGUAAGAGAACUUUAGAUUACGACUGUAACCCAGGUUCUCUGAUAGUAUGAGUGAGGUAUUUCACUUAUGGGGUAUACUGACUCCUGUAUUAUUGUUAAAAAACUCAGAGACGCUGUGCUGGACCUUUUUUAUAGGGUAGGAGGGACACGCUUCCCCGACACACACGUCUCGAUGUCCAGCCAAUCAUGGCUGGCGUAGUGUUAUAAAGGCUUCUGACAAAUACGCUGGGGGCGUAUCCCAUAAGUGAAAUACCUCACUCAUACUAUCAGAGAACUGGGGUUACGGUCGUAACCUAACGUUUUUCAAAGCCAAACCCACUGCUGGUGUGCGUGGCCAAAGAGCUCUAUUUUAAUGUUAUCUGACCAAAGCACUGGUUCCAAUCCAAGUGCCAAUGCCAUUUAGCAAACUUCAGAUGGGGCUGUGAUCAGAUGACAUACAAAUAGAGCUCUCUCUCGCUCUCUCAUUCAAGGGGCUUUAUUGGCAUGGGAAACAGAAGUUCCAAAGAAUAGUCAUUACAAAUGUCAUUGUGAGUUGUAACGAUGUACAAAUGGUUAAAGUACAAAAGAGAAAAUAAAUAUGGGUUAUAUUUAUAAUGGUGGUUGUUCUUCACUGGUUGACCUUUUCCUGUGGCAACAGGUCACAAAUCUUGCUGCUGUGAUGGCACACUGGUAUUCCACCCAGUAGAUGUUGGAGUUUGUCAAUCAGGUUUGUUUUCGAAUUCUCUCUCUCAAAAAUGGAGGAACUUAUUUAGAAUAGUGAAUUUGGUGAUUUGCUAACACAAAUAACCUAGGUCAACACAGUAGCAUUUAAGUGAUUUUAUAAGUUAUAUAAAAUGCCUCCCUAUCCCAUCUGGGGUGUUGCAGGCAGCCAGUAAUUUAGGAAUUCUAUUAUGGUUCAAACAUUCAAAAGUGCAGAUGGAUGCCUUCUCAGAUGAAACCGCCCAGACCCUCCAAAAUCUCCCAUGACCUCAUCUCGAGACAUUCGAUUGGCUAAAAUGAGUUUUCCCUGACAACAUCCGGACCAAUCUUAUUUGCCGUUAUACAGCGCGAAAGUUGAAUGGGUUUGUUUUGUGAGAGACGUUUUAGCAUUUGUCUGUGCCCGUCGGUUUUCCUCUGUCGACAAUACAUUCAAUAACAAGGACAAUCGAGGAUCUGCCUUUUGUGCCCGAAGAAAAUGGCCACAGUUACAAGAAAGAACGCCAAUUUAAAAACGGGCAACAAAGAGAAUGCCAAACCAACAAGUGGAUCCACUAAGUGUUUAAUUACCCGAGCUGCUCCUACUAAAACAGUGGCUGCUCAAUCUGCCCCUCUGCAUUCCAAGAGCAAUAAAAAGGAGGACUUGGGAAAGGGAGAGGAUGCUCUAAAGAAGAUCAAGACCGAGCAGAAAGAUGUGAUGGCAACAACCACUGGCGAUACGAAGAGACGCAACACCUUCAGCCAAGCCUUCCUCACCAAACAGGCUGUCAGACAGAGAAAGCUGGUUGCAGACGCUCCAAAGCCUCCAGCUACCGUCCCUGUUAAACCUGGCACAUACAAAGGCAAGGUUGUCCAAUCUAAAAUAAGCUCCUUCAGGAAGCCUAGUGGCCUUGGGGGAGGGCUAGAAAGCAAAGCAGCUGCGAAGACCGCUGUGCCCAAAGCUAAGAGCCAAAAGCCUGGAAAUUUGACAAAGUCCAAAUCCAUUGCUGAUUUGCCUGGGCGUGGCACGUUUAAGCCCCCCCAAUCAUGUCAACCCUCAAGAUCCAAGUCUGUGUCCAAUGGGCCUCCUCCAGUCUCCAAGUGUCCAGUCCCAGCUAUACGCCGUCCCACGGGCAUUCACUAUGUAGUCCCUCCUUUCAGAACUGCUCCAUUUACCACAGCUUGCCCAAGCUCCACUAGGUCUGCCAUGACAUCUAAGGGGAAAGAGCUACCGCAGGGCACCAAGCCUAAGAUGACAGUGGCAACUGACAAGAAGGUUCACAAGAUUCCAGUUGCCAGCUCCCGAAGCCAGUACAGGGCUAACACAGAGACUGCUGAAGAGAGAAGGACAAAGCUGGCAGAGUGGCUGGCAUCCAAGGGAAAGACUCUGAAGAGGCCUCCCAUAUCAGCAGUGGCACCCCCAAAGUCUAAACUAUUUGUGCAGCCAGAGCCUGAAGUGCACCCAGAAUCCACAGCUGUCUCUCAACUAAAGACCAAUGUUGCGCCUCAGCCCGUUGACCAGGAGUCCCAACAACCCGUUGAUGAGCCUGAACCGACUGUUCGGCUUAAAAACGACCAGGUGGUCAUUGAACAGGAGGCAGCCUGUGCCUCAACUCCACUGACAAUGAACAUAACAUUGGACCUGCUUGACAACUCUGAUACAGAUUUUCUUCCUGUUGAUCCAGAGAUUGUGGUCAACCUUCGUGAUGCAUUGGAGAAGCCCUCAGCAUGUGUGGAUGAAGACCCGAAUGAGAAAAGGGAUGAAUCUAAAGAGAAAAUGGUGGAGAGACUGACAAAUAAGGAAUUUGAAGAAAGGAAUGAGUCUUCUGUGAAUAAGGAUGUUGAAGUGAAAUGUGAAGUGGGUGAGGGAGCUUCAGAGCAGAAAGUAAGGAAGGGUUAUAUUGAUGAAGUUCAUGACGAUGGCGACUGUUUGAUGGAGACAACACCAGAGGCAGACGGAACAUCGGUGGUGAAAUACAGUGUGAAGACAACUCCAUACCUGCAAAGUGUUAAGAGAAAAAUUGACGGUGAGGCAUGUGCAAGUGGUUCCAGGCGAAAGAGCACCAUCAAGGAUCUGAAGUUUCUGACACCAGUCCGUCGUUCCUGUCGCAUCCAGCGAACGGCAUCCCGCCUGCCUGGGAUGCUAACAGACCAUGACACCUGUGUGUCCUCGCUGGCUGAGCUGGUGAAGCUGGACGACGAUGCCAAUGCCUACAUCUACAGGAGGAACCCUGCCCUUCUGGCAGACCUGCCUGACCAUCCCAAAGACCUGGAGAGGUUCUGAGUCUUUGGAUGAGUGUGAAGAAGAGGCCUGAAAAGGAAGAUAAAACAUGUGGAGCUGAUCGGCACUUUACAGAAGGGGUAUUAAAAUAAUGAAAAUAGAUUUGCUAUUUUACAUAAUGUUUGUUAAUCCAAAUUGUGAUAAUAUGGACUGUGUGGCAGACUAAUAUUACUGAUCCACUAAGACUUGGUGCCUCAAUUAGGCAUGCCUUUUUGUUCUUCUGUUUCUUAUUUCUCUUUGUGUUGUCACUUCUCAUAAGGAAGACUGGUUUGAUUUACCUUGAUCUGCUACACCUCCUAUUCUAUUUGUUAUUGCAUAUAUUCUGUUUUUAUGACUGUAUUGUUUGUUCUUUUAUUGGCAGAGUUGAUACAUUAAUAUCUACCACAAAGUUUUACCAUAUAUUUAAUAAUGUACACCACCUUUUAUUGGCAAAUCUGUGUUGCUCAUCAAGGAAAAGUGACAUUUUUUAAAUAAAAAAAAAAAAGCUAAAUA